GUAAACAAAAAACGGUGUGAGUGUACGAUAGCGAGCAAAUAGCCGGCUAAUUUGCAACAAAUAUCACACAAAACGGUUAAAUAACGCAAAGCAUAUACACUCAACAUGUUCCGCAACGUUCGUUUACUGCGUUGGGCUGUUGGUAAAAGCUGUACCACCGCCAAACCAACCACGACCAUCGGUGCAUCGUGCCAGUGGAACGCCGGUAUCGUUGCACAACCAUGCAGCGGUAUUGCAACAUGUGCUAUCAAGCCAGUAUCGGCGAUGCCGGGCGCGAGUAUUAACCAGCAUAGCGCCAUCUUCUCAAUUGCCAGCCGAAAGAUACAUACCAAAGGCGAGCGGGAACUGGUGGAGUUUCUGGCGGAAGAGAUCGUGGCAGAGAAAAAGGCCAGCACAAGCGCAACCAUUCCGACGUCCCUGAAUGGGUUCGCCAUCACAGCCAACAGGGCCGAAGUGGAGCUAACGAAAUCGUCCGAACGCGAAAAGGUCACGAUUUCCUUCAACGUGAACCACACGGUAGAUAUGGAAGGUGAGGAAGCGGAAGCAACGGAAAACAAGCCAGAAUUUUCCGCUAUGAAAAGCCGUCCCCAGUUUGAGGUGGAUAUUGUGCGGGGAGGAACUACACUGUCGUUCACGUGCUCCUAUCUGCCCGGUGAGGCACAGGAAGGAGAGUACAAUGAUGUGUUCGGCAUCGAUGAAGUAACCAUUUACCAGGGUGAAUGGAACGACAAGGUUUACGCAGUAGCUGGUGAUGUUCUUGAUGGGUACCUUUACGAUCUGUUGAUGAAUUUCCUCGAGGAGAAGGGCAUUAGCAACGAGUUCGCCGAGAAAAUGUCGGAAUUUGCGAGUUCAUACGAACACGCGAAGUACGUGGAGUUGCUCGAAGCCAUCUCGAAAUUUACCGUAGAGAAGAAAUAACUUUGCCCUCUUACCGGAUGGGAGGAUACUCAUCGAAUACCAUCAUCACGUUUGUCAUAUUGAUGAGUUUUACACAUUCUACCUAUGUUCCUGUAGAAGGAAGGGAUACUGUAAAAAAGGAAUCCAUUGCUGCAUUUGUUAUCGUCUGCUAGGGAAAAAGAGUAAUCCACCUCAGUGUCAUAGUUACAUAGCGCAUCUCAUCGUACAAUAAACUACUUAAA